AUGUCCAGUUCGCACACCAGCCUUAGCGCAGCGGCCGACGACCGCAAAGCGCGACUCGCCAAGUUCAAGAACCUGAAGAGGAAGCAGCCCAUCGACGAAGUCGCCGCCCCAGAGUCCGAACGCUCUUCGGCACCACCAGAAGAACCCGAAGUCGCCAAAUUGCACCUGUCCGGACGCAACUAUGACCCCGAAACCCGCGGGCCAAAGCUUGGUUUCGAGGCACCGCCGAUACAAGACCUCGACAAGCCGACGCUGGAGGAGCAGGCAGCGGACGUCGAGGCAGAAGUGAAGCGCAAAGCGGCCGAAGACGCGACUGACGAUAAGGGAAUCGACCUGUUCAAACUCCAACCAAAAAAGCCGAACUGGGACCUGAAGAGGGAUCUGGACAAAAAGUUGGAAAUACUCAAUGUGAGAACAGACAACGCCAUCGCCAAGCUGGUACGAGAGAGGAUCGCAAACGCACAAAAGGCCGAAAUCAAGUCCCAAGAAGCCGGCGUGGAGGGCGCGGAAGGCGAUGCGACGGGAAUUGAUGGCAUCGCGUUGGUGGAAGGAGUGCGCGUUCGAGAGCGAGAAGAGGAGGAAGAGGAGCGUAGGGAGAGGGAGGCUGACGAAACGGAUGUGUAA